AUGGACGAGGUGUUCACUCACUUUAUGGAGCAACUUAACACGGCCAUGUAUGCAGAGGGCCGGAACAUCGUCAUUCUGAUGGACAACGCAAGCAGCCACGUGCUCAAGACGGAAGGCGCCGAGACGGAGGACCUCUUUGGGUUCCGCACGCGCAAGCUCAGCAACUUGCGCAUUGUUUACCUGCCGCCCAACACCACGUGCUUCACCCAGCCCCUCGAUCAGGGGAUCAUUGCUACGGCGAAGGCGAGGUAUCGGGCGCACUGGCUGACUGCGUUCACUGCGCAGUGGGCAGAGAGCGGCGCCACGUCGGCGAUGGCUCGGUACAAGCCGAACCUCCGCGACGUGCUCGCCUGGCUGCUCGAUGCAUUGAUGAACAUCGAGCGUCGCACCAUUCAGCGCUGCUGGUGGCGCACCGAGUGCCUCCCGCGUGCAUGGGAGAUGCAGCUUGAGCAUGUGGUCAACGGCGGCAACGGCGGCAACGGCGGCCCCACCGAGCUCGAAGAGGCAGUGGGCGACGUGGGGAUCCUCAUCGAUCGCCUUGCCCUCGGCCCGUCGGCGAUGCCUGCCACGGACUUCGUACGCAUCGACGAAAAUCAGCCGACUUGCACCGAGCCGGGCGAGGACCCGCUGGCUACGGAGCCGCCGUCCUUGCCGCCUGCCGAGAUGUGGGAUGCCCCGGCCAGCAUGCAAGUCGUCUAUGACGACGCCAAUCCGGCUUGCCACGAGGCACGGCGCUACGCCCGCGCCGCAAGCGAGAUGCUCAUCGGCUACGCGAAGUCCACCGGCAUCACACCACGUGACCUCUGCGCGCUGUUCGACAUCCGCAACCCCAUCAUCAGGGCCCGGAUGGAGCGCGCAAGUCCGGCGCUCAACCUGAACAGCACCCCGCCUCCCGCAAUGCCCCUGGGCGCCACCCCGCCGGCUGAGACACCUCGUCGCCGUGGGCGUGUGCUGCCGGCGUGGAUGACGGCGCCGACCUCGGAGUGGGUCACUCUGGCUCGGCAGGCGGCUCGCCGCCAGGAGCUCAUCGACGGAGGAGCGCCGGUUGUGAUGGGCGGCUUCCUGGAUGCCGCCGAGUGGAUGCGGCUGUGA